AUGCGCCUCCGCCUGCUUCUGCUGCUCGCGGUGUGCGGGGCGGCCGCCGGCGCCGCGGCGCGCACCCUCAGCCUGCGGGGCCGCUGGCGGAUCCGCAGCGGGAACGGCUCGCUGGAGCUGCCCGGGGACGUCCCCGGGUGCGUGCACACUGCCUUGCUGCAGCAGAACCUCAUCCAGGAUCCGUACUACAGAUUUAAUGACCUUAGCUACAGAUGGAUCUCCUUGGAUAACUGGACCUACAGCAAGGAAUUUAAAAUCCCCUUUGACAUUAGCAAAUGGCAAAAAGUAAAUUUGAUUUUUGAGGGCGUUGAUACAGUUACAAAAGUCCUGCUCAAUGAUGUUACUAUUGGGGAAACAGACAACAUGUUCAAAAGAUAUAGCUUCGAUGUUACCAAUGUGGUUAGGGACGUGAACUCCAUUGAGCUCCGUUUCCAGUCCCCAGUGUUGUAUGCGGCCCAGCAGAGCAAGGCUCACACUCGCUACGAGGUGCCCCCAGACUGCCCUCCGCUCGUCCAGAAGGGCGAAUGCCACGUCAACUUUAUUCGAAAGGAGCAGUGUUCCUUUGGUUGGGACUGGGGGCCCUCCUUUCCUACCCAGGGCAUCUGGAAAGAUGUUAGAGUUGAAGCCUAUAAUCUUUGUCAGCUGAACUACUUCACAUUUUCCCCUAUAUAUGAUGCCCGUGCCCAGGAGUGGAAUCUUGAAAUAGAGUCUUCUUUUGAUGUUGUCAGCUCAAAGCCAGUUUAUGGUCACGUGAUGGUGGCCCUCCCUAAGUUGCAAACACAGCAGACACAAGGCAUCGAACUUCAGCCCGGGGAAAGGGUUGUUGAGCUGUUUGUGAAAAUUAACAAGAAUAUUUCCGUAGAAACUUGGUGGCCUCAUGGACAUGGAAACCAGACUGGGUACAACAUGACAAUUCUUUUUGAACUGGAUGGAGGCUUAAGUAUUGAAAAAUCAGCUAAGGUUUAUUUUAGGACAGUGGAACUUAUAGAAGAACCUAUAAAAGGGUCUCCUGGUCUGAGUUUCUACUUCAAAAUUAAUGGGCUUCCCAUAUUUCUGAAAGGCUCCAACUGGAUCCCAGCAGAUUCGUUCCAGGAUCGAGUAACCUCUGACUUAUUGCGCCUCCUUCUGCAGUCUGCUGUGGAUGCGAACAUGAACACUCUCCGGGUGUGGGGAGGAGGGGUCUAUGAGCAGGACGAGUUCUACGAGCUCUGUGAUGAACUGGGGAUAAUGGUGUGGCAGGACUUCAUGUUUGCCUGUGCCCUUUAUCCAGCUGGCCAGGGUUUCUUGGACUCCGUGAGAGCAGAAGUUGCUUACCAGGCCAGGAGACUGAAAUCUCAUCCCUCCAUCAUCACGUGGAGUGGAAAUAAUGAAAAUGAAGCAGCACUGAUGAUGAAUUGGUAUGGCAUACACAUCAGUGACUUGCCUACCUACAUCAAUGAUUAUGUGACACUGUAUGUGAAAAACAUCCGAGAGAUCGUCUUGACAGCAGACAAGACUCGUCCUUUUAUCACGUCCAGUCCUACAAAUGGGGCCGAAUCCGUGGCAGAAGGCUGGGUCUCUCACAACCCUUAUGACAAGCAUUUUGGUGACGUACAUUUUUACGACUAUAUCAGUGAUUGCUGGAAUUGGAAAAUUUUCCCCAAAGCUCGAUUUGUGUCUGAAUAUGGAUAUCAGUCCUGGCCUUCCUUCAGUACAUUAGAAAAGAUUUCUUCUGAAGAGGACUGGUCAUGUGGAAGCAGGUUUUCGCUUCAUCGCCAACAUCAUGCAGAUGGGAACACUGAGAUGCUUCUUCAGGCCGGACUUCAUUUCAAACUCCCGCAAAGCAAAGACCCAUUACGCUCGUUCAAAGAUACCAUAUAUCUUACUCAGGUGAUGCAGGCCCAGUGUGUCAAAACACAGACGGAGUUCUACCGUCGCAGCCGCAGCCAGGUGGUGCAUGGAGAGGGCCACACCAUGGGGGCGCUGUACUGGCAGCUGAAUGACAUCUGGCAGGCUCCCUCCUGGGCUUCCCUAGAGUAUGGAGGAAAGUGGAAGAUGCUUCAUUACUUUGCUCGGCAUUUCUUCGCUCCGCUGUUGCCCGUGGGCUUCGAGAAUCAAGACGUGUUUUUCAUCUAUGGCGUGUCAGACCUUCGCUCAGAGUGCAACGUGACACUCACUGUGAGACUGCACGCGUGGAGUUCCCUGGAGCCUCUGUGCUCACGCCGCACUAGGCGUCUUGUGAUGAAGGCGGGCAAGGCCACUCUCCUGUACAAGGAGCCGGUGCCCAGGCUGCUGAAGACAUGUGGGACGUGCACCCGGCAGCGCUGUGUGGUUUCCUUUCACCUGUCAGCUGCCGGCCAACUCCUGAGCCCCACCAACUACCACUUCCUGUCCUCGCUGAAGGAGGCUGUGGGACUCCACAAGGCACACAUCACUGCCGUCAUCUCCCAGCGUGGUGACACAUUUGUGUUUGAUCUAGAAACCUCCGCUGUCGCUCCCUUUGUUUGGCUGGAUGUGGGAAACAUUCCCGGGAGAUUCAGUGACAAUGGCUUCCUCAUGACUGGGAAGACGCGGACUGUGUUAUUUUACCCUUGGAAACCCACCAGCAAGAGUGAACUGGAGCGAUCUUUUCAAGUGACUUCCCUGACCGAUAUUUACUGAGGGAAUCCAGCAUGUUUUUUCAGGGGACUCCAGAAUAAAGCAUUUCCAAGGAACCGCCUGGGGCCAAUGGCCCCAGGGACAAGUUGAAGCAGCCGUGUGGACGGCCUCUCCCGGGAGCGCCUCCAGCGCAGGGUCUCGCCUGCCCACCCCAGGAGGGGAGUCCGCGCGGCUGCAACCGCGGCGGCAUCGGGCCCAGGGGAGGGCUGUGAGGGCCCCAGCCUUCCUAGUUAGCUUUGAGAAAUACCAAAUGAUCAAAGUGAAACUGCUCUGUUAUUAUUUCUGGAGGAAAUAGAGGUUUAAAUGUCACAGGAGAAGGAUUUCUGAGCAGUGGCCAUGUUGGUAGUUGUUGCUGGAAAGUGUGGGGGUUUGAUGGUUGACAUUUGAUUACUUUUGGGGUAGGAUUCUUUUUUCAUUUAUGGAUUUUGUUAUAAAAUAUUGUUUUAACAAUCAGAAAUUCUCUUUUCAAAGGCCAUUAGAGUGAUUCUCCUUAGAAAAACGAGCUCACAUUGAGAUGGAUGCCACUCUGCGUACUUGGAAGAGCUGGAUGUCCUGACAGGUUGUCGCCUGUGGUGAUGUACGGGCUUCAGUUGGGGUAAAUCCAGCGAGCUCCCAAGUCAGAGGCGGGGAGUUACACCGAGAUGUGUUGAUCCUGGCAGCAGAGUGGUUUCGCUUUAGCUUGGGUUCAAAUAAUUUCAUUUCUAUUGGUUAAUUAUAAAUUGCUAUAAAAUUGUUUUAUUGUGCAUUAUCAUGUCUGUAAAAUUACAUUUAUAAUGAAGCAAAUGGGGCAAAAUGUUAACAAGUAGCCAAUGUGGGUAAAGGUGUGUAGGAAUUUUUUUGUACUGUUUUUACUACUUUGCUGUAAGUUUGAAAUUAGAUCAAAAUUUUAAAGUUACAUAAAUUGCAUUGACAACUUGA